AUGGCGGCGCUCCCUUCGGCGGACGACUCAUCGAACUGGGCCUUCGAUUACGAGCUGCUCGACGACCUGCCUCCUGUCGAGCCUUGCUUCCAGUGGGCCGGCCCACCGAAUGCUCUCCCUCCUCCAGCCUCUCUCAGUACAGAGCUCGACCACCCAUACCGAAAUCCAGAUUGUGUGAACUUUGGUUCGAGAAAACGGUUGAGAUCGAGCGCGUGUGGUGCAUCUAAUUCGAAGGCUUACAAGGAGAAAGUUCGUAGGGAUAGGCUCAAUGAAAGGUUUCAAGAACUUAGUUCUAUAUUGGAACCCGGAAGGCCGCCCAAAAUUGACAAAGGUCUCAUAUUGUGUAAUGCAAUUCGAAUGGUGACUCAACUAAGGGACGAAGCCAAUAAAUUGAAAAUAUCAAAUAGUAAUUUGCAGGGGAAGGUCAAUGAAUUGAAGACAGAGAAAAAUGAACUUCGAGAUGAGAAAAUGAUGCUAAAAGCAGAGAAAGAGAGUCUCGAGCAGCAAAUGAAGGAAGUAAUGAGCGCUCGACCGGGAGUUUUACCUCAUUUUCCUCAAGUUUCACCACAUUUUGCAGCUCCACCUCACAAACUUGUUCCUGUUAUGGGAUUCUCGGGUAUUCCAAUGUGGCAGAUGAUGCCGCGUACAGCGGUCGAUACAUCGGAGGAUCACACUCUCCGCCCGCCGGUAGCUUGA